AUGGUAAAAGUUUGGAGAUUGGGUUUAAUGAGCUAUGAUACCGCUUUUAAAAUACAAACGGCUAUAGCUAGAAAACAUUUAGAUUCCAUGAUAAAAGGAAUGGAUGCUAAUUACGAUACCUUACUCCUUGUGGAACAUAAACCAGUUUACACAGUUGGUAUAAGAGAUGAUACAUCAAAUGAUGAAAUAAACAGGCUAAAAGAUUUAGGUGCAGAAUUUCGUAAAACAAAUCGUGGAGGUCUUAUAACAUUUCAUGGUCCUGGACAGCUAGUUGCAUAUCCUAUAAUAAAUUUAAAACACUAUAAAACUAGUGUUAAGUGGUAUGUGCAUAAUUUGGAACAGACAAUUAUCAACUUAUGUGAUGAAUUAGGAGUUAAAGCAAGCCGGUCUCCACACACUGGAGUAUGGAUUGAAGACAACAAAGUGGCCGCUAUUGGCAUCCACGCAUCCAGAUAUGUAACUAGUCAUGGUAUCUCACUAAACUGUGAUAAUGACUUGUCCUGGUUUGAACACAUUGUGCCCUGUGGCAUUGAAUACAAGGGUGUCACUUCUCUUACCAAUGAAACUGGGCUCAAAUGUUCCAUAGAGACAAUAACUCCACUAUUUUUAAAGCACUUUGAAAAAGUUUUUGAGUGCAAAAUAGAAGAUGUUCCUAGUAAUUACCAAGAAGAUAUUUUAAGUAAUAUUUAUAGCAACCUAUUGACUUCAACUUCUUAA